CACGGUUCACUUGUUACCAAGUGUGUUUCACCAAACCACUGUUGCCUUGACUGUUGCUAACAGAAGUUGGCGAGUUCCAUUUUUUAAAAUUCUGAACCGAGACCUGAACUACACUAACCGAAAACACAAUGCCACACAAUUGCUCGUAUUUUAUGCAGAGCAAUAUCGAUGGGCCAGUCUCGGUGUCAGAUCAUCUCGCAGCGUUGGGAGCAUUCGGUACCGCUUUUAGUGUUUUUGGAAUCGUCUCAACGCUAAUGGUAACGGCCAUUUUCGUGUUAAGCAUCUUUCAUGUGGUUAAAAAAAGUACACCGCAGUGGAGGCGACUCCUUACCUGGAUUGUUUCGAUGCCCAUGAUUGUCUCCAUCUUGUCUUUGAUAACAUUCAUUGUACCUGGAGCAGCUAUAUUGUGUGAAACAGUCAAACAAUCAUAUUUGCCAUUUGUGUUGAUGCAUUUCAUCGACCUGUCACUGCUAAUGGAAGGAGGACACAGGGAUACCAUUCAGGAUUUAACCAAUAAAGAUAUUCCAAUAAAUUUUUGUAGACCACCAUGGUGCUGCAUAGGCCUGUGCUAUAAGAACAUUACCUAUAACAAAAAAAAUCUGCGCAUUAUGAAGGGCUUGGUGUACCAGACACCACUAUUUCAAUUGGUUAUUAAUUUGAUUAUGGCCAUUCUAGAGUCAGCUGGUGUUCUCGAGAGAGUAAUUCGAAAUGUAGCUUUUGCCGUCCUCGGAGUAACCAAUAUUAUUUUUUUUACUAUCGGAAUGUAUGGCUACAAUGUUCUGACUACUGGCUUUGCUCAGCUGUCGGAAUGGAAAAACUAUCCGUUGAAAGCCAGAGUGUUGUUCCUUUGUGUGGUCCUCUUGAAGGUGCAAACACUUAUUUUGCUGCUCCUGGGAGUCGGUGGAUCUAUUCCCUGUAUUGAACCUUAUAUUUCUCCGGUCGUCAUGAGAAAAUCUAUUGAGGCAGCACUUUGUUUGGUCGAGGCUCUAAUAUUUGCAGUCAUUUUCUUUCCUGUAUUCCGUGUCGUGGAUAACGGCGUCGACAGACUAAAUGUACCAACAGCACCGACUACACCAAUUUCUGCAGUUUCUUCGGAAAAUCUACAAGUUUAAUUUUUUUUGAAAUAUAUUGUAUAGUUGCGUUGCGUAUGGAUGUAUAAAAGCGUUUUAAAGUAAAUGUUCUUUAUGUUUGUACAUAAUAAAACUCUACUUAUCGAUA